AUGGAAAACCACACAGGAACACGUAAAAAUCAAGAAAUAGGGACUCAAAAUAUAGGGAACAUUUCACUUGAAUCAACUAUUGGUCUGCGGGUGAAAGUCCGAACAUUAUUGGAUGAAAUACAAACAGGAGAAAUUUAUGCAUAUGAUGCAACUACAAAUACUCUGAUGCUUCAGAAAGAGUCAAAGACCCCACAUAUGUCUCCAGCAGCGUGGGAUUUUGUUAUUUUAAAAAUUUCGUGUUUAAAAGAUAUCCAAUUAGAAGAGACACCUGAAGCACUGUGUUCACGGAUGGGGGGAGAUUCAACAAAGGAUCAGGCUACAUUAUUGCGUUCACAAAUACAUAUGAAGCCGGUUUCUUUGGAUGUUUUGCCAGUAAGAGAGCAAGCGUCAAGAAAAGAACACCAAGCAGCUGUUGCUCGGAAAGGAGUGGGUGUUACACAAGAAGCACAGAAUUUGUUUGAUUCCUUGAGCAAGACUCUUCCAUGUCGCUGGGAAAAGCAGUCGAUUAUUGUGCUCGACGAGGUCUAUAUUGAUCCUCCGUAUACAGUGGAGGCAUGCUGGACCGAUUCAAAAGACUCUAAGAGCUAUUCAAGAGUCUGCAAAGUGCUCGAGGGCGAACGGCAACGACUUGAUGCUGUCUCUCACCGCGGAGGCUAG